AUGGCGAGCAACCAACCUCAUCGUCAGGGAUAUCAACGACCUCUCGAUUGUAUCCUCCAACUCCUCGAAGUCGCUCAAAAGAGUGAUUACAAGUCGAUCGGGUCUUCCGACUCUUCGAAAAGCUGGUCAUGGAAAACAGGAAUCGACUUGAGCAUUGAGAAUCUAGCUGGGGAUGGCAAGCCAAUCAUUCUGGAAAUCCGUCAGCCGAAGAGCCAUUUGGACCUCAGCUAUCAUGUCCUGGCAGAUGAAAAACUUGUUGCGAGAAUCACAAAAGAAAAGGCCGGAGCGCGGUCCAUACAUCCGAGUUGGGAGAUUGAGGUUGCUCAGGGAUUCGACAUGGCUCUAGCGUUUGUCAUUGGCAGGAUACUGGUCUGGCAUCCGUUGAUCAGGGCUCCCUCUGGAGGCGGCGGGGCUGACACUGCAGCAGCAUCACUACAA